GCGCGGGCUGGUGGGCAUCCUCCUCUGCGCACACCCCCGCAUGAUUUCGGGGGACCAAGUGGCCUCAGACAUUGGCAGUCAGCAGUGCGAUGUGCUCGGCUCAGUCCGGGUGAUUUCAACGUCACAGAGGCGCUGCUCCGCUGGGGUCACCGGACGCCUUUUCUUGCUUUUUGGGUAUCCGUGGGAUAAGUGAGCGAGCCAAAGCCAUCUGAACGCGGCGCUCCUAUAAAUAGCGCGCGGGUGCCCUCUCAGCGCUGUCCCUUCCGGCUGCACUGUGCGCCGAGACACAAAGUUGUGCACAGGGACUCGGGAACCAAGGGUAGUUGGCGCCCUGCACCUUAGAACUGCUUUCGGCAAGGGGUACUCAGCUGAGCCGCCUACCUGCUUCGGAGUGACACCGGGUUUUGGGGGAAUUUUUGGCCAAGCACAAGUGGGAGUCGCUAACACCCUGGCUAUGAACACAACCUGGCGUUCUUUUUAUCUCCAGAAACACCUCCUGCCUCUGUAAUUUGUUCCUGCGCCAGCCAGAGUCCCUCGGACAGGACGGACACCGGCACCGCUUGGCACCUGCCACCCUGGCGUUUACUAGCUGAGUCCCUUCUGUGUCUUCAGCUCCGCGCUUCACUUGGGAGUACUUGGGUUUGGGUGAGGAUUUAUUUUAUUCCUUUGAGGUGUGACCGCGACGGUCUGGAGACUUUUUAGAUGCCAAGGGACAAGUGUGGGUGCAGUGGCCCCAGGCAAAACUGAUUUUGGGGUGGGAGAGGGUUAGUAGGGUCGGGAGUUCUGCAUGAGCUCCUUAAAGGACAAAGGUAGCAGAGCCAGCCAGCCAGCUCGAAGGGAGACUUCAGCCCAGAGAAUUGGUGGAAGCGCGCGCGCCGCCGCCGCCGCUGUUCCUGCAGUAUUGUCGAUCUAGCCACUGGCAUCUUCCCGAGCUCCGGGAUCCCGCGGUAGCAGGCGCUGCCCGGAGCAGAAGCGCCAGGCUGCCGCUUGCGCACGCGGCUCAACAUGGGCUCCGCGCGCCGGGAGCUGUCCUUGGUACCGGCUGUUCUGCUGAUUCUCGCGCUGCCUGCCUGGGCACAGAAUGACACGGAACCAAUCGUGCUGGAGGGCAAGUGUCUGGUGGUGUGCGACUCAAACCCAGCCACAGACUCCAAGGGAUCAUCUUCUUCCCCUCUGGGGAUAUCGGUCCGGGCAGCAAACUCCAAGGUGGCCUUUUCGGCGGUUCGGAGCACCAACCACGAGCCAUCUGAGAUGAGCAACAAGACACGCAUCAUUUACUUUGAUCAGAUCCUGGUUAACGUGGGUAAUUUUUUCACGUUGGAAUCUGUCUUUGUGGCACCGAGGAAAGGAAUCUAUAGUUUCAGUUUUCACGUCAUUAAAGUCUAUCAGAGCCAAACAAUCCAGGUUAACUUGAUGUUAAAUGGAAAACCAGUCAUAUCUGCAUUUGCUGGGGAUAAAGACGUGACCCGCGAAGCUGCCACCAAUGGAGUGCUACUGUACCUGGACAAGGAAGAUAAAGUCUACCUAAAACUGGAGAAAGGUAACUUGCUUGGCGGCUGGCAGUAUUCCACGUUUUCUGGCUUUCUGGUGUUUCCUCUGUAGAACCUGACUUCUCUGUGAUGCCCACGCGUUAGGGCGCCCACCCCUGGGUUAUCAGAAGACCACUCUCGCCCUUGCAUUGAUGUCUCUUUUGUUUUGUUCAUGGGCGACUAUGGAUUCUCUUUGAGGAUUCUAGACCUGUCUGGACAAACACAAAGUUUCGCAGAUUAUUUUCAUGUGUGUGUGUGCCAGUUUCCUUAUAUAUGUGGAUCAGGACUCCAAAGCUGAAAAAAAAAUCCCCAAAUCUGCUUACAUGUUAUCGGUCAGAAGCCGUCUCAAGAUUUGUUCUGUUUAGUUUCCUGCUAUUACGGCGUUGGUUACAGAUGUGGGGUUUUUAUUUCUUUGCUUUUGAAAGACCAGCUAGUGGAUCUGAGAGUUAGAAAUCUUGGAAGUUCUGACUGGUUACUGUGGAACUGCCAAAGAUGUACGGAUAAGUUUAUUAAAACUUU